GUUGUCCCCGUCCUCGGUUUUUUUAGGACCCUGUGGCCCCCGGUGUUUGGGGACGUUGGUUGUCUUUGGUCUGGUGAUUACCUCCACCCUCCUCUCAGGGGUGAUAAGACGUCCCGGUUUGGCCCUAUGCAGCACUGCGGGGGAUGUGAUUGGAUGCUGACCCUCAACCUGUGACCUCCUCCAGCGCCCCCAUCUCCAGCGCCACCAAUCUCCAGGGCCCCCAUCUCCAGCACCCCAAUCUCCAGAGCCGUCUCCAGCGCCCCCGUCUCCAGCGCCCCCAUCUCCGCUCCAUUACCAAACCUUUCUAGGUGUUUACUGACCAGUCAUUGGCUCCCUCCGCCAUCGGACACUUCUGAUUGGUUGCCUGGCAGAUAUGCUCUAUCCUGGGGGAUAAACCAAAAGAGUCAAAUGGAGGCUCUACUACCUACGUCUAGAGCCCACCCCGGGCCCCGCCUGCCCCGCCGACGCUCCAAAGCCCAAAGAAACCGCCAUAGAGGUCCUUCUCCUGUCAACUCCUUGUCCUCCAGCCCUGAGCCGGCUGUCUGGCCACGACCACAGCGCAAAAAGAGACGGCGGAAGAGGGGCGAGGAGAACGCGGCAAUCCGAGAGGAAGACCUGAUCGAUGGAUUCUGUAUCAGCAGUUUUGGCAGCCUGGAGGCUAUGCAGAAAGAUGUCUCUGUGGAGCCGACACACCUGGAGGAGCCAAUCAAGAAGCGCCCCCCAGGGAAGAGAAAGCGAAGUGACGGAGGAAGUUCAGAAGACCCCGGAGUGAGUGAGAGCCAGCGGGCGGAGCGCCCCUUCAAUGGACAGAAGCGGCACUGCGCUGGGUUGGGUUCUCUAGAGGAGUGUGUGCGACAUUCUGGUCCUGAGCAUGCCGCUGGUCAGGACUGUCGCCACUGUUCUCUGGACGCCGGCUACAUUUGCGAUGCGGAAAGCAGCUGUGAUGAGCAGGUAGGUGAUCGAUGUGAUGACCCUCCGCGUUUUGUCCCAUGUGUUCUGUGCAAUGUAUAUAUAACAUGCAUGUCUCCCAUGUGGCCUCUUCCUUCGGCUCCUCUCUUUCUAACCUCCUCUCUUUCCCUCUCUUUGCAGUUUGAGAAAUAUCCGGGUAAAAUAGAAAGUCUGUACAGACAGAAUCCAAAUACUUUCUUCCCUCCAUUCUCUCCUGUUAUUACUGCACUGCCCCCUGUUCUACCUCCCAGCGUCUCCUUUGGAUCUCUACAGGGGGCUUUUCAGCCCAAGAGCACAAGUUCUGAGCUGGCCUCACAAUGUUCUGUGCCUCCAAACAUGACCCACAAGGCUCCUCAGAUAACGGAACAGUUCAAACCUCGGAGGUCCGGGCGCUGGUGUGCAAUGCAUGUCCGUGUGGCGUAUAUGAUUCUGCGUCAUCAGGAGAGAAUAAAGCUUGCACAAGGGGCUCAACAUAAGCCUGAAUACCGUAGUGACCUCCUUUGCCUGAGUGCGGGACUCGGCUCUCUCCCCUCCCCACACGAGCUGUCUCGGCCCCCCACCCUCAUGACUGGUGCUGUAUCUCAUAACACUGGUCAGUUUCAGGUCGCAUCUUCCGCUGCCCAGUUCCUUCCUCACUCGGGGCAUGUUGAAUCCUUCAUUCGGGCUCCUGGAUUCUCUCCCCUGGCAUCCCUGACAAAUGGGGCCUUUGGUGGUCUAGGAAACCCCACUUACAAUCCUUCAUCUGUGUUCAGUCAGAAGGAAGCCUCUAUGAUGCAUAACUUCCCCAAUCCACAUGAUCCUUGGAAUCGGUUGCACCGCACUCCGCCUUCCUUCCCAGUGGCCCCCGCUCAGAUCUGUGGCAAAGUUGGGGACCUGGAUCCGCACACAGUCCAUAUGAAGGACGAGAAGGACAGGGAUUUACUUUACUCUCGUUUUACUCCACGGAUGUCCCCUCUGACACAAACCCCCCGCCUCCCGGGGGCCGAGGACCGAGGCCCCAGUCGUAAUCCCUCCCCUUAUGUCGCGGUGAGACCCGGGAGCAGCUCGGAGACGAAACCUCGACUGACACCAGACCAUCCUUCCAAAGUGAAAGUGAAGGAGGAACCGGAGCUGCUGGGCUUCGAGGUGGGACGCUCUCCUCUGUCGGGACUCCACAUGGCCCAUCCGUCUCCCCCUUUUGAAAGGCUGCGAGGAUCAUUUCUGGGGGAGCAGUACCCCAAUGCACUGGAAGCCUGGAGAGAUGUGUACCGUAGAGCGGACCCUCCUCCUCUUCGCCUGCCCUCCUCGGCUCCUCAGCGUCUGUAUGAACAGCGAGAGGAACGAGCCCACAUACUGCGGGAAGACUUUGAACGAGCUCGUCUUUAUGGCCUUCCCACCCAUGUCACCAUGCAGCCCGCCACGCAGGCUAUGCUGGGCCAGCUGUACCACCAUCAUCAUCAUCAUCAUGGAACUGGGCUGCUGAGCAAGACUCCACCCAUUAAUCUGCUAAGUGCUCCACCUCCCCUUAUAUCUACGUCGCGGCCGGGGUCCCCUCACCGCAGGGACCUUUAUAAGGACAGAGACUGCAGAUAGGACUGGCCUGGUCUACUCCAUGUACAUAUUUAUAUAUUCAUCCCCUUCUCCCCCAGUGCCCCUCCCCCCGGGGGGUUUUGUACAUUUUUAUGGUAUAAUGUGAUUUUCAGCACUGUGUUCCCCUAUGACCAUUCCUUUUUACAGGUUCCAGGGCCGGGGAGGGGAAAACCUCUGUACCCAGGACAUCAAUAAACCUUCUCUCCGUA